AUGAAGUCGCAACAAGGACUUCCAUUCGAAAUAUUCUCUGAAGAAGCACUACAGCAAGCCACAGACGGGUUUGCAGAACAACAAGUCAUUGGCCAUGGAGGCCACGGAAAAGUUUAUAAGGGAGUUAUGAAGGACGAUAUGGAAGUUGCCGUGAAAAGAUGCAUGACAAUUGAUGAACAACAGAAGAAAGAAUUCGGUAAGGAGAUGAUAAUCCUAUCCCAAAUCAACCAUAGGAACAUUGUAAAGCUCCUCGGUUGUUGCUUGGAGGUUGAAGUCCCCAUUUUGGUGUAUGAGUUCAUCCCAAAUGGCACAUUGUUCCAUCUCAUCCAUGACAACCGUAGCCGGCACAUUUCCUUGGACACUCGACUAAGGAUUGCUUAUGAGUCUGCAGAUGCCUUAGCCUAUCUUCAUUCAUGUGCAUCCCCGCCCAUCCUCCAUGGUGAUGUCAAGUCUACCAACAUCCUUUUGAAUGGUGACUUAACAGCAAAAAUAUGUGACUUCGGCGCAUCCAUUCUAGCACCAAGCGACGAGUCACAAUUUCUUUGGAGUUGUUCUCCUAGAGUUGCUCACACGCAAGAGGCGUUCAACCUCCAAGGACCUGAGCACGAGAAGAGCCUAUCUAUGGUGUUUCUAUGUGCAAUGAAGGAGAACAAGCUAGAGGAUAUCCUGGACGAUGAAAUCAAGAAUAGCGAGAAUUUGGAGAUUCUCGAGGAGAUUGCAGAGUUAGCAAGACAAUGCUUAGAGAUGUGCGGCGCAAAUAGACCAUCAAUGAAGGAAGUUGCAGAUAAACUUGAUAGACUGAGGAAGGUCUUGCAAAAUCCAUGGGCACAUAAGGAUCCUGAAGAGUGGGACAACUUGCUUGGAGAGUCAUCUUUGGUUAACUCAGGGGCUCUUAGUACGGGGAAUUUCAGCAUCACGAAGAGAGUUGCUAUGGGCUUAGAAUCAGGGCGUUAA